UGUUGGUUCAAGGCCAAAGGAUUGUCCUCCCCGCUGAGCUGAAACUGAGGCUAUUCUGUGCCAACCAACAUACGAGGCAGCUCAUUUUCCCUCUGACUCACCCACAACAAAACGUCUUUAAAACUCCCCUUCAGCGUCGCACUAUUGCGCUUCAAAUAUUACUGAACCUCAUCUUUCAUCGGCGCGUUUUCUGAAAUCCCCUCCUGAUACGAUGGCACAGCCUGGUAUUUCGCCAUGUCCGAUUGUCGAACUGGCACCAGAACUCAUCAAUCGCAUGAUGGACUUUGUUCCCGUCGAGUCGCAUUUCAACUUUGCUACGACAUGCAGUUUCAUCGCCAACUGUUCCAAAGAUAUUCUGCAACGCCACAAGGCCGCACACAAGACGUAUGGAGUUUCUUCGGACCUCUCGCCACUUACAAUUCCGACCCUGCUGCGCAGUGCCUUUGGACUCGAGGAUCCUUUGCUGGUUUGGCAUGUGCGGUCUCUCGAGAUCUGGCGCGAUCGUAGUGAUUGGAAAGAUUGGGGGUUCUUUGACUUGAACCAGCCAUAUUGUCGGGAAAAGGCCGAGCCAGUGAGCUGGUAUCCGGAGACUGGUGAGAUCGACAAGUACUUCGCUGUCGUGCGUGGCUUCAUAUCAGACGACAUACUUGAUCUAGCCCGAUCCCAGAUCUCGGACGGCAAAGAUGGCUUCUUGAAGAUGCUUUUGAUUGCCAUGUGCCCCCGUCUACGGGACUUGAAGUUCAUUACGCGCGCCUACCACGACACUCGUUUAACUUCCCUUGGCUGGUUCUCGUUGGUCAUUCAAAUGUGCUUUACCAACAAAACCUGGCUGCCUGGUUUGGCGAGUCUACAUGAUAUUGCUAUAGGCGUUGCAUCAUGCACGUGGAUGGACCAGGAUAGCCGAUUUUAUACACACGGUCUGGGUUCGGAGUCCAUCCUGGCCAAUAUUCUUCGACUUCCCCAACUCGACCAUGUCUAUUAUAACGGACUUGGCUCAAUUUUUCAUGCUGAAAACUACGAAAUUUCCGCCAAUUACUGGGACCACGAUUCUGACGAAUCCGACGAGUCCGACAAUGGUUCCGAUAUUUCAUCUGACGACGAAGUAACGACUGGAAUGACAGCGUAUAGAUCAAUGUGGCCUUACGAAAGAUAUUCAAGCUCUGAAGAAGAAGAAGAGACCGAAAUAAAGUAUGAUCUGCCUCCGCACUCCUCCUCAGUCAAGCACAUCAUUCUCGACAACGUUGGUCGUUGUUCGAAUCAACCAUUUAUGAGAUGCUUGCUUAGUGCAGCCCAUAAGUUAGAAUCCAUUGCGUUCCGAGGUACAGAGAAUCUGGACUAUUUGGACGAAAUGGUAUACAGAUUGUCGUGCGAUUACGGUGAUUCAUUGCGAAGUCUGAUGUUCUACGAGCAUCGCGAGUCCAGGGGUUCCCGAUGUUGGCCGUACACCCCUCAAGACAUGCAGCGCUUCCGUGAGUUGCGACACUUCACAAUUGAUGCAUCCGGGAUCGAGGGUGAUGCAUGCAAUGAUGAUGGUGGAGAUGGAGAGCUGUUCAGGUAUAAUGACUCCCAGGAAGAUUCCGACGAAGAAAACCCCAUCAAGGAAGGCCCUGCGUAUGAGCAUUCCGACGGAGAAGAAUCGAGUAACACGCUGUCCCGAGGUCACUUUAUCCGAUUUUUUGUUCACGCUUUCCCCAGAAGCAUGGAAGCACUAGUAUUGUUUGGCGAUGGGGUCAGUACUCUUAUGGAACCGAAGUGGCGCAACAUCGAAUGCUUCGAGGAUGCUGUCAUCGCUCUUAUCAAGUCCAAAAAAUACCCCAAUCUCAAGGCUAUCUAUCUAGACCAGGUCGAGAGUCGUACGUCCUAUCCGUGGCGACAGACUGGGGUGUGGGUACCCAACCGAAGAACAGACAAGAUUUGCUUCCAGAGAGCAGUUGCUGCUGGAAUAGAUGCUGGAGUUGACGUGUACACAAUCACGAACAGGAAUAAGAUGAGGCAUGUUCUACGAUUCCCAGAACCUCUGGAUGAAUUCGACUUGGUGACCGGGUUAUAUGGCGGCAAGAGACCAGACGAUGGCACCUGGGCGUUCAACGCUCACACGGGUCGGAGAGAAAGCGGAUGCGGAAAUUGUGGCAAAUGCAAGGCCUGCCUCGAAGAAUAUUCAGAGGAGCUAUGGGAGCAAGUAGACAGCGCUGCAAGGAUCGCUGGCGAGUCGGUCGGGCUGGAUAAAGAAUAUGAUGGGUCAGAAUAUUGACAGGGAGCUUUGUGAACUUGACAGAGCACAAGAGAAGAGUCCGAGGCACAAGUUCAUCUCUAAGUUGCAAUAGCAGCCGCUUAGGAGCUAGAAAUGAUGCGACUUGUCUUUAUGAUCCGGAAUCUACGGCCCCUGCCAGUUUGACCUUGCCAUCCACUCCUCGAAUGUGCUUGCUCGCACGCCGAGAUCCUGCCAGGAUGUGUCAUCUGCAGCAUCCAUAGU